GAGUUAUCUUCCUGGAUCCAGCGUGGAACCUUCACCUUGUAACAGGAAGAGCUGCUCAGAUACAAAGUAUCAUUAUCAGAACGCAGGGAAACACAAUAAACACAGACCAGCCGGGGCUGGUGGAACUGACUGGCAGCUCUGCGAUAUAAAUCAGCACCGCCAGCGCUGCCAAGGAUACCAGCACCAGUGUCCGCCCAUCUAUAUAUACAGGGAUACCAGCACCAGUGUCCGCCCUGCUAUUUAUACAGCACUGACAGGGAUACCAGAGUAGGUGGGGUGCCAGUCCUGACUCCUGCUAUUGGAUCAGUAUACACAGCGCUGCCAGGGAUACCAGUGUGGGUGGGUGCCAGUCCUGACUCCUGCUAUUGGAUCAGUAUACACAGCGCUGCCAGGGAUACCAGAGUGGGUGGGUGCCAGUCCUGACUCCUGCUAUUGGAUCAGUAUACACAGCGCUGCCAGGGAUACCAGUGUGGGUGGGGGUGCCAGUCCUGCUAUUGGAUCAGUAUACACAGCGCUGCCAGGAAUACCAGAGUGGGUGGCUGUCUGUCCUGCUAUUAGAUCAGUAUAUCCAGCGCUGUCAAGAGUACUCCCUCCAGUGGAAGUGGCUGCCAGUCCUGCUGUUUUACUCAUUGAUCAACCCAGCGAAUCCCUGUCAGUGCCAAGGGUACCAGAUCAGGGAUUGUCGCCGACAGAAGGCGCUAUGGCUGAAGGGGGCACUCAGGCUCCCGGUGAAUGGGCUCGCCUGGAGACAGCUAUUAUGAACGGUUUCAGGCAGAUGAGAAGCCGGUACCUGCAGAGUGUGAGGAGUCGGGAAGACCCCCAGGACAAAGAGACACGAUAUGCCAGGGAUAGCUCGGAGCUGGUGGAUAGCCCACUGUGUGCCCUGCCGGUUGAUAUGCAACUCUACAUUUUGUCAUUUCUGUCACCACAAGAUCUCUGCAUGCUUGGAUCAACUAAUCAUUAUUGGCACCUGCUGGUCCAGGAUCGCGUGCUUUGGAAAUAUUUCCUAUUACGAGAUCUUCCAUCUUGGCCUUUCAUCGAAUGGCACAGUCUACCGGACCAAAAUAUACUGCACUCGUGCUUUUCUGAAUCACAGGAGGGGAAAGCUCCUAAUUAUAUGUCUAUAUAUUUAAAAUGCUGCCCUAGAAACCGAAAAACUUUGCGGCCAAGACACCCUGUUUAUGGUGCAGUAAGCAACUUUCUCCAGUCGCUGGUGAUGCAUGGAGAGCCUCGAUUUGCUAUGUUUGGCCCUGGAAUAGAACAGAUGGAUGAUUCUUUGGUUGCCCGAAUGAUGACCUCUCCCGAUCUUGUUCCAGUUAUGUGCAUACUUCAGAAACAAAUUCAUGGAAUUGGCUCGGGUGUUACUUUUCAACUCGACAAUCAACAUAAAUUUAACAUUUUAACUUUAUAUACCAGAACAAGGUCCGAGAGAGAUCGAGCACGUGUGGAUCAGAGCCCAGCAGGAAAUAAAAUAUUUGUGUCUCAAAAUUCCGUACCAAACACAAAAGGAACACCAUACACUUUAAUACCACAAGUGAAGGAGGUAUGCAAAGUUGUGGAUGGAUUCAUCUAUGUGGCAAAUGCCGAAACUAACCGAGAACACAAUCGACAAGAUGAAGUUGCGCAGAUUCUGGCCAUGACAGACCCAGAGUUUGGACCACAGAAGAGACCGUUUUUGGUUCUAGCUUGUGUAUCUCACCCAGGGGACAAGCGUAUUCCAUGUGUUUAUUUGGCUCAUGAAUUGUGUCUCACCGAGUUAAAUCGUCCUUGGAUGGUGCAAAACACAGAAGUUUCCACUCUUUCUGGCUUACUUGAUGGUGUUGAAUGGCUUCUUAGUGAAGUGGGAUGGAAGCUGUAACAUUGAAGAAUGUAGUGCCCACGGCUCUAUAAAAAAGUUAAAAUUAUUUUAAGCAUAGAUAACUUUUUAAAAUAUUGUAUAAUGCGGAUAUAUUUCCUGUUGAGUCAUUUAUUUUAUUUUUUUAAUGAUGCUCCUGUAAACAUGCAUUAUUUGCACAUAAACAGUCUUAAAUAUA